CCACCCCAAGUCCAAUCUACCAACUAUGCUUCUACCUCUAGUACAAAUACUUCUCAGAACCAAGAGCCUCGUCAUUGUCAUUAUUGUGGACGAACUGAACAUCUUAUAGCCAAAUGUAGGACCAGACAAGCAGAGCAAAAAUCUAGAGAUGAUCGAAGAGAGAUAAUUAUAGGAGAGAUGAUUACAGAAGAGAUGAACGUAGAAGAUCUUGUUUUCGUAGCCGUGAUCGCUCUUAUAUUCAUGAGAUAG